AAAUCAAGAAAGUUAUUGUCAUAAAUUAAAUACAUAAAACAUAAUAAUUAAAAUAUAAAUAAGAUUAGAAAUAUUUUAAAAAGAAUAACAUAGUUAAAAUGUCUGACAAAAGUUUACUUACUCCCAUCUUAAACAAAUCGGUAAAGUCCAGUGUUACCAAAAAACGAAUUCGUAAAAUGCAGUUAAAUUGGAAUCCUGAGCUAACCCAGAAAUUUAUAAUGGAGGUAAAAAUUAGAGAAGGUAUGUGGAAUAUUUUCUCGAAGGACUAUAAAGAUAGAAAUAUACGAGAAGCUCUAUGGCAGGAAGUGGUGGAUAUCAUGGGGCUGCCCCGAAUUGAAGUUUCGUCAAAAUGGAAUAGUCUUCGAUGCUCGUUUAGAGCAGCUUUCAACAAAAUGAGCCGAAAAAAAAAUGGAAAAGUGUCUGCACCAAAUUCUGUAUACAAAUCCCUUAAAUUUUUAGAGCCUACAUUGCAAAUUAGUGCACCGACAGCAUCAAAUUUAAUUAAUAAAACCGUCAAGUCUGAUACGAAAGCUUAUUUGGAAUUGGAUGACACUGAGUCAGAACCGUCAACUUCAACACCAUUACCUAAGCAACGUCGAAUAGAAAAGGAUGAUAACGAAGUUACAAAGGUGAUUAAGCGAGGUUUGGAAACAACAACUGCUGCUGCAAAAAAUGAUAUUUGGGAUGUUCUGGGGAAUUGCGUAACCUCUAAUAGUCGAGAGUGGGCAGAAGAAGAUUUGCAAUUAGCUAGAGAAUUUAAAAGCGAUGUUUAUGAACUCAUCUCAAAUUACCAGAAAAGAUUCAAUACACAUCGCAGUGGAGAUUUUGAUUAG